AUGGCGGCGUGGCUAGAUCUCGUCUCGGACUCCAUAGGCUGGACCUUGGUAGACACUGGAAGAAUGGAUGAGCUAGUGCAAGGAAUGAGCCAUCCAAGUACACAAUUUCCUUCGGUAGUAUAUUUCGCAGGAAAUGGUAGCCGGAUCAAGGCACUUCGCGCGCUCUUCCCGCACAACAACGUUACUCGCAGAGGACCAGCUGGCCUAGCCCGACUGCAUCUGAGUACAAGGACUGCAAACACUCAGCAUCCUGUUCUUUUGGUGGAAAGCUGCCUUUCUAGUGUUUCCGGGGUGGGUGAAUCGGGUCUGCGCCGCUGGUCAUCGGACAAUCUUCGACGAUAUCGCAUUCUUCAAGACCGGUCUCGGCGAGUACCGGAGAUUCAGCAGCAAGUCAUUUCGCAGAUGCUCUUGCCAUGGACAAAUCUAUUUUGUGUAUUUGUAGAUACUCACUCUGAACUUCGCGACGCCUGCCAGCUGCUUAAUAGACAUCGCCGAACUGUAACAAUCGGCUCCGAGCCCACUAUAGAUUCAAUGCGUACUGUGAUAGUUCUAAUAGCUGCUCAAGGCUCCGAACUUGAGAAUGUUUCCGAGGUUUUCCAUGAGCUUCAGUCCACUGGGAUACCUAGUAAGGAUGUCAUAGUCCUAGAUCUACGCGACCGGUAUGAAUUAUCCCUAACAGCAGCUUUUGAGCCAUUACGCCGUCUCAUUCUCAAUGGAACACAAGACGUCCGGACGGAACAAAACCGUCAAGGGCUAUCUUUCUCGGCUACACACCUGAAAAUCGGGUCCUCGGACGCUGCUGUUUUGGACUGCCUUGAAGUUGCACGAGAGAAUCACCGGCUUAAUAACAUUACGACAGAAUGCUUAGUCGAGUUCUUAAACCAAGCAAACAACCAUCCUUAUUCCCAAGAUGGAAUUCAUGAUUUUAUUGCAUCGGCGUUGUUAAUGAAUGCCUACCCACCUGGAAUGCAUGGCUUCCAUCUAGGCCUUGUUUUCAAUACUCUUUAUCGCAGGCACUAUUUGGAAGUAUGGCGUACUCUAGGGGAUAACGACGAGAAACAACAUUACAAUGCCGUGUUUGCUCAUUUUACGCGGUUCUUCCGUUCAAUGAGUCCAAGCAGGUCGUCUGUAAGUAUCAGAAAGGACGCAUUAAAUACUUAUUACCUUCAAUGUAAUGGGUUAAGUUCAACAACGACUUGUUUCUAUUGCUUAUGUCGAUCACCAGAACAUAUGCUGGCGUGCCGGUAUGCAAUCUGCGAUACCUGCGUUGUGAUUUUUGGCACUCCAAACAAAAGCGCUGCUGCCCGUUGUGCCACGAGACUUCUUAGCUUACGAUCCGUUAACUACCGCCCACGAAACGACCCCUGGUGCUUAGUUUGGACGGUGGUGGGAUUCGUGGCAUCAUUCAGCUGGGUCUCCUACGAGCACUGGAAAAGCGGCUUGGGCAUGGAAUGCGCAUAUCCGAUAUAUUUGAUCUAUCUAGAGGGACAAGUGUUGGGGCACUUAACGAAAUAG